AUGCUGAUAGUACCCCUCAAGAAAUGCGUGUCAGUGGGAGAGAUGGUUAUGCAUAGAUGGUUGGAAAGUGUGGUUGUUCAGGGGGAGAUGGACCUUAUGAAGGUGAUGGAUGGGACAGAUCAGGAGGAGGAGGAGGAGGAAGAGGAGGAUGCAGGGAUCGAGGAUGAAGUCAUCAGUCUGGCAACAUUUGCAGAUGCUGAGGGAACCAAUGGAGUUUACAGUGAUAACCCACCGCAAGUUGGUGUUGCAAGUUUGAUGAGUCAUGACUUGGAUGCUGAACUUACUGGUUCUAGGGUACCCAAAGUCAUUCAAAACACACGAGUAAGUCAGAGUGAACAGAGGGCACUUCAAGGGUCCAUUAGUGCGGGUGGUGCUGAUGUGCAGUUUCAGGGAAGGUAUCGGAUGUCAAUAUUAGUUUCUGGAGAUGCUUAG